AUGGAAAGGAAUCAUUGCAAUUUUAAUCCAAGAUGUCGCGUCCACUGUGCGGGCUACAAAUGGGGACAAGACACAACACGACACCUGUCAAUGCGGGACGUCUAUCCGUUAGUAACGGCUAUGACGUUGUCAAUGUCAGACCUGUUGCACUUUGACAGUUCUCACCCCGUUCUAGUCACAACACUAACAUCACUUCUUGUGAAGUCCGCCGAUGCCUGGGUAUAUGUCGCUGCGGGCAAAUACACCGCCCAAAAUAUAUGCGACAACUUUUUCAACUUGGCAUCGGACGCGGGGAUUGACUGGAUGGAGUGCACGGAGGCCUCAUAUGACUCACAGAUGCACAUUUGGAAAGGCACGUUGUAA